AACACUACAAUGACGAUGGCUGGGAGGCUAGAGGGACUACACCAGAGAAAUGAGGACAUGAGCAACACCAGUGGCAGGGAAAAAGGUUAUGCCCCAAGGAAGUGCCCCCCGCGCUACUUCCCCGCCGGGGCCCCGCCCCAGUGCCAGGCCCUGCUGAGGUGUCUGUGGGCGCCACCUUCCGGCCGGGAUCUGCACCCGGGUCCUGCGGCGCGGCUCCUCUGUCCAGGACUACAUUUCCCAGCGUGCCCUGGGGCAGCCCCGGCGUUGCCGGAAGUGGGUGUCGCUGCUUCCGGGCCCGGGGCUGCGGCGCGAGGUUGGCGCAGUGAUGAAACCUGCUCUUUCAGAAGAGUGACCUGCAGUAGAAAGGAUACCAUCUCUCUCAAGUACUUCUCCAGUAGCCAUUUUCUGUUGGCUUGCAGCAUGGCAGUAGCAUGGAAGAGGGCUACACUGUUUGGCAACAUGUGGCUGCGUUCAGCAGCAUUUACUAGACAAGCUGCAGUACAGAAUGGAGCUGUGCACUGUGCUCGCCAUAAAUAUUCAUUGGUCCCAGAAGACUAUAACUGCAAAGUGGACCUUGCCUUGACGUCAGACAGGAGGACAAUUGUCUGCCACCAUCCUUCAGUUGAGAUUCCAUAUGAGCAUACAGAACCUGUACCACGACCAGACCCAGUGAAUAAUAAAGAAGAAACACUUGAUCAGGUAUUGAAAUCUAGAUUGGAAGUGAAGGAAAUGAAGAAUGAUAAAGGUCCUACAAUAGAGGAACUCAGCAAAAUGUUUUACACAACAAAACAUCGUUGGUAUCCUGUGGGACAGUAUCAUAGACGGCGCAAGAACUACAAUUUUCCUAAAGAAAGAUGAUUAAGAGGGUAUUUUUUUUGUUAUGCCUCAAUAUCUUGUCAUUAAUCAUUGGAAACGAGCUACAAAAAUGCAAGAGUUCUGCUGAUUGUUUCUAAAUUAAAGUAUUAUAUCAUUAAAAUAUUCUUUUCUAAAUUAAA